AUGUGCCUCAACAUCGCCUCCAAAGCUCACUCAUUUGAGCCCAUGAAGGACUCACAUGUCAAGUGGUACCAAGUACUGGUUCCCAACACGGACUUUGCUGAAAUUGAAGCUGUUUCUGAAGAGUUUCUGCACUUGAUCAAAGGCUGUCCUCUUCUGCCAUCUUGGAUGACAAACCUGGCCAGGAUGUCGCGAGUGAACAACAACAACCGAGCCAUGCCACUGCCAUCACGGGGUCCCGGGGUAUCGUCUGUAUCUGCCCCCUCUGGGGGUCGACAGAACCCCCCAGGAAUCUCAUCUACUGCAGGAUCUAUGGCAUCCGGAAAUGUGCCUACAACAGCGUCCACUGCCUCUUUACCACAGAAUUAUCCCAGCAGACCUCAGGCGACGGCAACAUCUCUGACGUCGGCGCAGGUCACAGACUCUCGGCAGUUAUCGAGUCGAGCCGCAGCGUCACAGCUUCAGAACGAGGCUGUUAUCAGUCCUGGUAGCAGACAUAUUUCUGCUGAAACUGGAGCAAGUGGUUUAGUGCCUGGAGCUUCAGACGCCCACGUAAAAGACUCUGUACCUUCAUCUCAUUCCAGACAACAUCCGUCAAGCUGCGGUGCUCAAAUGCGGCCCCAUCAUCCAUCUGCAGCACUUCCUUCUGGGGCUGUACCUCAUCAGCAGCAUCGAGCACACCCCCCUGGCAACGGCCGGCCAGCGAACCAAACUGUUGCCCCAGUUGGAGGAAGCAGCAGCAGACCUCCGACAAAACCUUCAAUGCCUGUGAAUCCUCAGGUAGUUCGACCACCACAGCAUCCUGGACAGCCAGGGCACCAUCCAACGUCCCACCAGUCAUCUCGUCCAGCACCUGAUCAGGUUCGACAUCAGGACGCAGGUCAUACCCGGGACCAGUCGCGCCCCCCUUUUCCUGAUGUUUUAAAAGGCCAGCGAGACCAUGCUCGCUCUCGUGACAGUUCUCGACCACACGACUCUCUGAGAUUACAUGACACAGCUCGGCACGGACACCCAGAUCAGCGACCAGAUGUGGGUGGCGAUGCCAGACAUAUACCGCACUCAGACUCUAGCCUAAACAGAUCCCAGUCUUCGAGACCCGAACACAUAUCCCAGCGCCACUCAACGGUGUCCCCAAACACUCCACCAACAAACACCCCGACAGCGGUAUCAUUAAGUCCACCAGAACCGCCCUCAGACAUUUCUCAGAUUCUGUCGUCUUCAGGAGAAACUCAGGAUAUUAGCAUCAACGUGACCUCAGAUUCACCAGAAAACCAGUUGAAGCUACAAUCAAAUCCUGACAAGCAACAGUCUGCAGCCAGCCACGGGCCCAAACUCUCCUUGAGAAUGUACAGAGAACGGACCGUGGCAAAGUCCAAAACCUCGGUUGAUCAGACCACACCCGGAGACAUAGCCAGUGCGGUGGCCAGCAUUACUGAUGAUAGUUACACAUUAGGGGUGAACCCUGAAUCUGCGACAAACUCCCCGGGCGAUGUCAGCCUCAGAUUGGGCUCUGGCGAGUUGGCUAAUUUCCACAAGCCACAAGACAGCCCGAGCAACCCUCGGAUCAAAAUCAAAGUUAAGCGUGACCCUUCGUCAGGAGAGCGUCAUGCUGUGAAGUAUGCCGAGACUGGACUGAAAAUCAAGAUUAAACCUAUAAGGUCCGACACACCUAGUGGGGCCGAAAGCGGAGAUGCAGGUCCAAGUGGGGUAGGCAUGGCAUCAAGCGCCAGCACGCCCCGAGAGGAAGGUGAAAUCGUCGAGGACACCCCACCAUCAUCCGGUGACUCAGAGCAGAAAUCGGAGCGUCUCAGGAUCAGGUUAUCGGUUCCGAAAUCAGAUCAGAGUUUGGGCUUCAACAGGCGGGAGAGCGACCAGGGUUCUAACGGUCACAGCGGCGAGCACGAUCAGGGCCACCGCUCCCACCACCACAGCCAUCACCGCAGCCACCACCACAGCAAAAGUAAAAAGCACUCCAAGCACGACCGAUCUCGGCACGAAGUCCGCUCUGUCAGCAAGCGCUCAGCAUCGGCCCUGGAUUACCACGACGAGCGACCCUCAAAGACCUCCAGACCUGACACACACUUCGCAGCGACCGGCCAUGUUUCCCACCACACGGGCUACUCUGACCGCUCACAUCAGCAGAACACAGGCUUCAGCAUCCAUGACGCCUUUUCCACAACCAUGCCCCACAACAUAUUCGAUGAUGACGAUGACCCUACUCACACCCACCCCCCGGUUACACCCACAGUUGAAACCGUGCCUCCACAUCAUGAAAGGUUCCAUCAGCUCAUGGCUCAGCACCGGGCUAAAGUGGAUGCAGUCAAAAAACCGCCACUGCCCAGAGGACCACCGCCGCCACGGUCAUCACCUCCACCACCCCCACCCUCGCCCCCAAUAAUGUAA